AUGGGCAUAUCAAGGCGUCCGAAGGACAAAGCUGGGCGUAAUGCCCAGUCCGGCGCACCAGGAACACAAGGCGCGAACGCUGGACGACCCAAAAAAGCCACGUUCGAAGCAACAAAAAGGAAGGAGAUAGGAGUCUCGGAUCUGACCUUGUUGAGCAAGGUUUCCAACGAAGCUAUCAACGAUAACUUGAAGAAGCGAUUCCAAGGUGCAGAGAUCUACACGUAUAUUGGACAUGUACUGGUCUCAGUAAACCCAUUUCGUGAUCUUGGCAUUUAUACCGACCAAGUCCUCGAAAGUUACAAGGGUAAAAAUCGCUUGGAGAUGCCCCCGCACGUCUUCGCGAUAGCCGAGUCCGCUUAUUAUAACAUGAAGGCUUACCACGAUAAUCAAUGUGUCAUCAUUUCGGGCGAAUCAGGCGCUGGGAAAACCGAGGCUGCCAAGCGCAUAAUGCAAUAUAUUGCGAACGUGUCUGGAGAACAGUCGGGGGAUAUCAAGAAGAUCAAAGAAAUGGUUCUUGCGACCAACCCCUUACUAGAGUCAUUCGGAAAUGCCAAAACAUUACGGAACAACAACUCCUCGAGAUUCGGCAAGUAUUUGCAAAUCUAUUUCAAUUCCACUGGCGAACCGGUUGGCGCCGAUAUCACGAAUUAUUUGCUCGAAAAGUCCCGUGUUGUUGGCCAGAUUGUAAACGAAAGAAACUUUCACAUCUUCUACCAGUUCACCAAAGGCGCCUCAAAGCAAUAUCAAGAGCUGUUCGGUAUUCAAAAACCAGAGACAUAUGCGUACACGAGUCGAUCCAAGUGCUUUGAUGUGGAUGGCAUUGAUGACGCUGCCGAUUUUCAAGACACGCUUGAUGCUAUGAAGAUAAUCGGUCUUUCUCAGACUGAACAAGACGAAAUAUUUCGCAUGCUUGCUGCUAUCUUAUGGAUCGGCAACAUCCAGUUCCGCGAAGAUGACAGUGGCUACGCCGCAGUCACGGAACAGUCAGUUGUGGACUUUGUCGCAUACUUGAUGGAGGUGACACCGGAUCAACUGAUCCAUGCCAUCACUAUUCGAAUUCUUACGCCCCGCAAUGGCGAAGUAAUUGAGUCCCCAGGCAAUCCCGCACAGGCAACUGCUACUCGCGACGCCCUGGCUAAAGCCAUCUACAAUAAUCUAUUUGAUUGGAUCGUGGAACGAAUUAACAAGUCACUGAAAUCGAGACAAGAUACAUCGAACACUAUGGGCAUCUUGGAUAUCUACGGAUUUGAAAUAUUUGAGAAGAACAGUUUCGAACAGCUUUGCAUCAAUUACGUCAACGAAAAGCUUCAACAAAUUUUUAUCCAGCUCACACUAAAAACGGAACAGGAAGAGUAUGCUCGCGAGAAGAUCCAGUGGACACCAAUCAAAUAUUUCGACAAUAAAGUCGUCUGUGACUUGAUUGAGCAGAUCAGACCACCUGGAAUCUUCUCUGCAUUGAAGGAUGCGACUAAGACAGCACAUGCCGAUCCAGCAGCUUGUGACAGGACAUUUAUGCAGAGCAUUAACGGCAUGUCCCACGCUCAUUUGACCCCCCGGCAGGGAAGCUUCAUCGUCAAGCACUAUGCGGGGGAUGUCUCUUACACCGUGGACGGCAUCACCGACAAGAAUAAAGAUCAAUUGUUGAAGGGGCUGCUUAAUCUAUUUCAACAUAGUGGCAAUCAAUUCGUACACACCAUAUUUCCUCACCAAGUUGACCAAGAUAAUCGAAAACAGCCGCCAUCGGCAGGAGAUAGAAUUCGUACCUCUGCCAAUGCGUUGGUAGACACCCUGAUGAAAUGUCAACCAUCAUACAUCCGGACGAUCAAACCGAAUGAGAACAAGUCGCCGAGCGAAUACAACAGUUCAAAUGUUCUUCACCAGGUUAAAUAUCUGGGUCUGCAAGAGAAUGUUCGUAUUCGGCGAGCUGGCUUCGCCUAUCGUCAAUCUUUCGACAAGUUUGUCGAACGCUUUUUCUUGUUAUCACCAGCUACAUCAUAUGCAGGCGAGUACACGUGGCAAGGCUCUACAGAAGAAGCUGUAACUCAGAUUCUGAAGGACACCAGCAUUCCCAAAGAGGAGUGGCAACUUGGCGUGACUAAAGCAUUCAUCAAAUCACCAGAGACUUUGUUCGCUUUGGAGCACAUGCGUGAUAGAUAUUGGCAUAACAUGGCUGCUCGCAUUCAAAGAAUGUGGCGUGCAUACCUAGCCUACCGCGCUGAAUCUGCAACCCGUAUUCAACGCAUGUGGCGGAAGAAACGAACAGGAGCAGCGUAUCUGCAGCUUCGAGAUCAUGGGCAUGCGCUUCUACAGGGCCGAAAAGAGCGCAGGCGGAUGAGUUUACUAGGAUCUCGAAGAUUUCUUGGUGACUACCUCGGCGUCAAUGCGGCAGCCGGUCCUGGCGCACAGAUACGGAACGCAGCUAAUAUCGGAUCAAAUGAAAGGACGGUGUUCUCUUGCCGCGGAGAAAUUUUGGAGGCAAAAUUCGGGCGGUCUAGCAAGCCUAGCCCCCGCCUGAUUGUUGUCACAAAUAAUAAGUUUUACAUCAUCGUCCAGCUGCUCACCAGCGGCCAUUUCCAGAUUUCAGUCGAACGAGCCAUUCCCCUUGGUGCCAUUAAAUUCAUUGGGACGUCUACUAGUCGUGAUGACUGGUUCUCUCUUGGAGUCGGAUCGGCCCAGGAGGCAGACUCUCUGAUGAGUUGUGUUUUCAAAACCGAAAUGUUUACUCAACUGCAGCGAGUAAUGCCUGGAGGUCUCAAUCUCAAGAUAGGCAACGUGAUUGAGUACGCGAAGAAGCCGAAUAAAUUCCAGCAAGUUAAGGUGGCGAAAGACUCUCAACAACCAGUAGACUUCUACAAGAGUGGCACGAUUCAUACACAACAAGGAGAGCUCCCGAACUCCGUAUCACGGCCCAUGCCUAAAGCCAAGCCUAUACCACCCCGACCCAUCACUCGUGGUAAACUCAUCAAACCUGGAGGCCCUGGAGGCCGGCCGUCACGGCUGAUUGGUAAUCGUUCUACUCAAUCAAAGUCUGGACGAGGUCCAAGAGCGGUUCCCCAGACGCCAGCUGCAGCUACGGCAACAUCAAUCGGUGCGACAACUACCCCAGGUCCUGUGGCAUUCAACAAGCCUCUUCCUAGUCAUACAAAGAUUCAAAGCAGCACAAACGGAGGAGCAAGUCGAGCACCACCACCUCCGCCACCCGCCGCACCUCCCGCAAAGCCAAAGGUUGUAGCCAAAGUUUUGUAUGAUUUCAAUGGUCAACGAGAUAAUGAACUGUCCAUCAAGGCUGGAGAUAUGCUGGAGAUAGUUCAAAAAGAGAACAAUGGUUGGUGGCUCGCUAAGAAUGACCGUGGACAAGCCUGGGUUCCUGCAGCGUAUGUAGAAGAACAGGCAGCGCCUGCUCCAAGACCACCUCCGGCGCCUCCCGCCGCCAAGUCAAAACCAACACCGCCGGCACCUCCGGCCAAACGUCCAGCUACGGGACGCAAGCCGGGUGAGUUGGUGCAGCGAGAUUCUGGCCUCGGCUUGAACGGAACUAGCGGAUCCGAAGGGAGUCGAAGUACAACGCCGACACCGAGUUUAGGAGGCAGCUUGGCUGAUGCGUUACUUGCAAGGAAAAAUGCCAUGCAACGGGACAAGGAAGACGACGACUGGUAG